AUGAAAUCUCUUCGCGUUUCCAUGUCUCCAUUUGUUUUGAUUCUUCCGCUCUUAUCAUUGUUAAUGGCAACUUCAGCUGAUGCUGACGACGACGCUUUUCUUGAUUGCCUUUCUCUUCGUCCCAAUUACUCAUCUUCCCUUUCUCGACUUAUCUUCACACCAAAUAAUUCUUCAUUUUCAUGGCUUUUGGAGUCUAGAGCUCGAAACUUGAGGUUCAGCACUGAAACGACCCCUAGACCUUUGGUCAUCAUAACACCCUUGCAUGUUUCCCAUAUCCAAGCAACGAUCUACUGUGCUGAAAAACACGGGCUCCAAAUCCGAACCCGAAGCGGCGGCCAUGAUUUCGAAGGUCUUUCUUACGUAUCCCAUGCUCCGUUUGUGGUGGUCGAUAUGGUUCGUUUACGAUCAGUCGACAUCGACGUAAGAAACAAGGUUGCAUGGGUUCAAUCCGGAGCUGUUCUUGGAGAGCUUUAUUACAACCUUGCUAAUAAGUCCAACACUGUUGCCUUUCCGGCCGGUCUUUGCCCCACUGUUGGCAUAGGAGGGCACUUGAGUGGCGGUGGUUACGGGUUACUGUCCCGUAAAUAUGGUCUCGCGAUCGAUAACGUUAUCGAUGCGCAGUUGGUGGAUGUUAACGGGAGAGUUCUUGAUAGAAAAUCCAUGGGAGAAGAUUUGUUUUGGGCCAUUAGAGGUGGCGGAGGAGGAAGCUUCGGGAUCGUUGUUUCGUGGAAGCUACGAUUAGUUUCGGUUCCGCCGACUGUGUCUGCUUUCACGGUGGAUAGAAACUUGGAACAAAAUGCCACCAAUCUCAUUCAUCAAUGGCAAUCCGUUGCUCCUCGGCUUCCCAAUGACUUUUACAACGAUAUCACGAUAAGAAGAGUUAACGGGACGAUUCGGUUUUCGUUUCGUGGCUAUUUUCUCGGCGGCAUCGAUGAAGCAGUUCCGUUGAUGCGAGAGAGGUUUCCGAUGCUAGGGUUGACGAGGGAAAACUUCGUCGAAAUGAGUUGGAUCGAAUCGAUUCUUUACAUGGGAAACCUUCCGAAUGAGUCCUUGAGUACCUUACUCGAUAGAACUUAUCAGAGCCCUUUUUACAGCCCUUAUUUCAAAUCGAAAUCCGAUUAUGUCAGAAAACCGAUCCCAGAAAUCGGACUUGGAGGACUAUGGAGGCAUCUUUUUGAAGAAGAAGGAACUUCAGGUAGAAUAAGUUUCAUCUCUUAUGGAGGAAAAAUGGGUGAAAUCCCUGCAACCGCGAAGCCAUUCCCACAUCGAGCAGGAACCUUAUUCCAAAUCGUGUACGAGGCAGGGUGGGAAGAAGAAGAAGAAGAAAACGUGAGAUCCAAAAGAUACAUACGAUGGCUGAGGAGACUUUAUAAAUACAUGGGUUCGUUUGUUUCGAAAUCUCCAAGGCAAGCUUACGUUAAUUACAGAGAUCUCGACAUCGGAACUAAUAACCAAGGCAACCUCACGAGCUUGGCUCAAGCAAGCGUAUGGGGUCGUAAGUAUUUCAUGAAUAACUUUCACAGAUUAGUGUGUGUGAAGACGAUGAUUGAUCCCCGGAAUUUCUUUAGGCAUGAGCAAAGUAUUCCUCCAUUUCCUCAUUGA